AUGAUUGAGGAAGGCGAUAAGGUAAUGGUCUGUGUUUCUGGUGGGAAAGACAGUUACACCUUGCUUGAUAUUUUGUUGCAAUUUAAACGUAUUGCACCGAUCAACUUUGAUGUUGUCGCAGUGAACUUGGAUCAAAAGCAACCUGAUACUUAUAGCAUCACCAAGCGUUUGACACCUGAAGGGAAAACUUACUGUGCAGUGUGUUCACGUUUACGCCGUGGUUCACUCUACGGUUUUGCGCAAGAGAUUGGUGCGACCAAAGUGGCAUUGGGCCAUCAUCGCGAUGAUAUCAUUGCAACGUUCUUCUUGAAUUUAUUCCAUGGUGGUAGCUUAAAAGCGAUGCCGCCAAAAUUAUUGUCUUCGGAUAAAAAGAACAUUUUGAUCCGUCCUUUGGCUUAUGUCGAAGAAAAAGACAUCAUCAAAUAUGCUGAAAUUCGUAAAUUCCCGAUUAUUCCAUGUAACUUAUGUGGUUCUCAGGAAAACUUACAACGUGCCAUGUUAAAUGACAUGCUACGUGGUUGGGAUAAACAAUAUCCAAAACAUGCAGAUGGCAACACAGAGCUUGCUUUAGACGGCGGAAAAAUCGUCAAAGGUAGUUCUGCAAAUGCGAAAACAACAUUGAACAUGGAUGCUGAAACACUUCGUAAAGUAUUCUUAGAAUUUGAUAUGGCUGCUGCUAUGCAAGCAUUUAUGACAGGCAAAAUCAAAGUUCAAGGUGAUAUGUCUCAAUUGAUGGCUUUACAAACAGCCAAGCCAAGCCAAGAGCAAAAAGAUUUAUUUAAGAAAGUAUUAGAGCAAACUGCUUAA